UAUUUCUUCUAUUUAUACACGAAAACCUUUAUUUUUUUAAUUUAUAAGCUUAAAGGGUGAUUGGACAAUUCAUACGGCUAUACAGAUAGGCGAGAAUCGCGGAAGCUUUAUUGGGGGAUGUACACGGCUGUAUCUCAAAUUCACAAGGCAAUUGAAGGGUUGUUUGACCAAGAAGGUUUGAAUUGGGGCCAUUUACAUGUAUAACAAUUACAACUUUUAACCUAGCCGCAUUCCAAUUUGAAUUCACGGCAUCUGUUUAUUUUUUGAGAGAGAGUGAGAGAGAGAGGCAGCCGAGAAAGAGAGAUAGAGGAGAAAGAGCAUCUGGUCCAUUUUUGAGAGAGAGGAGAGCAUUCACGUCUUGCAUACACCGAAGGAGGGCUUGCACGAUUUUUUCAACUUGAAGGCAUAUACCAUGGCUUCUUCUUCAAACGAAAUGGGUUAUCGGAGGCCCGAAACAAUAAAUCGCCCCGGGACGCAGAUCAGUUCUUACUACAAGACCAGUUAUUUGUCCCUUGUACCCGAGCAACUGAGGGAAAUUGGGGGCGACGCACUGGAGACCACGUUCAGGCAGGGUUGCUUUGGACAUUUGUUGGAUUGGGAUCCGGGCAACAGGUGCAACAUGGCAUUGCACCAUAUUGUCUCUCGUUCUUUGCUGGAUUGUGACGAUGUGAUGUGGUUCUACAUCAACGGCAGGAAGGUUUGCCUUGAUCACGCCGCAUUCGCUCUUGUGACCGGAUUGCCAUUUGGGCCACAUCGUUUCGAUCCAACAGCAACCCACAAUUUGAAGAAUUGUGUAGCCUACACACGAGUUUGUGGCGGGCAGCGCUUGUCAGUUCAGGAGUUGGCAAACAUUUUUUUCGAGAGGUGGACGGAGAUUGUCGACCCCGACGGCUCGAUAGCACUGCGUGUGGCCCACCUGUUGGUGCUACACGCAUUUGUUUUGGGCGUGGAUUUGCCACGACCCGUGGAGAUCUGGACGUGGGCUUUGGUGGAGGACUUGUCGGAGUUCUCCACAUUUCCUUGGGGUGCAGCGGCAUAUAAUCGCUUGAACUACAGGAUGAGGAAGAUGUCGAAAGAAUGGAAGUACCACUUCUAUGGGCCUUCUUGGGCUCUAUAUACUUGGGGUCUUGAGGUUGUUCCCGGCUUGGGCAGAGCCGUCGCUAUACAUAAUGCCGGGAUAUUACCUAGAUUCAAGAGGUGGACCUUCAGGAGUAAAAUCAAGGAAGAUUUGCAGCCCCUAUUUGAGUCACCGGAGAACGGGCUUUAUGAGUUGCAGCCCGAACAGCAGGAGGCGACGACGCACUGGUGGCUAUCGGUCGCGAAUGACGGAGAUGUCCAGUUUCCAGGUCCGGGCGUCUUCGGCCAGAGGCAUCCUCGAGCGGACAUGAGUGGUGGGGACCGCUCUGAGGCAUCUAUUCAGAGGGCACCCCGACGUCGCAGUUCAAGGCGCGAAGAUCGGGGAAAGCGGCAGAGACCACAGGUGGUUUCGUCCUCGUCGAGCAGUGGCCAGCGGGAUCAGAGUGGCGGCGACGAUCGCCCCGUGACUUCCGGGCGGAGGUCACAGAGUCAAAGGAGGCCCAGAUACGGGGGAGAGAGCAGUGCUGCUCAUGGGCCUUCUGGUUUGAGCGAGCAGGAGUGGCAGCGCAUGGAACAGAUGGUGCGCGAGAGUGAGGGCCGGGUGGCGAGGCGUGUGGAGGAGGGCCUAUUCACGAGGCUGAAGAAUUGGGCCGAGGAGACCUUUGGGUGUAUGCGUUGCCGAUGCUCGCAUAGCACCGAUGUACGUCAGCCCAUGCCUGCUCCAAGACCUCAAUCGGACAGGCGACGUGAGCCCGAGCCCGAGGCCGAGCCCGAGACCGAGCCCGAGCACGAGGAUGCGCCAUCGCAGCAGAGGUCUCCUGCUAGGGACGCGGGUCACUCCGGCAGUGAUGAUUAUCAAACCCCACCGGGCCCGCAUACUGGUUUUGGUGUGCCCACGACUUUUGGGGCUGGCCUACAGUUGACCCCAUAUCUGGGGCCACGCUACUCGUACACUGAGCAGCCCUCGAGCUCAGCACACCCAUUCGAGCCGCCUCGUUCUUCGCUGCCGAUUCUGGCCGAGGCUGGAUAUUCUCAGGAAGAGAUGGAGCGUUUAUGGCAGCAGUUUAGUGGGGGAGCUUCUGCUUCUGGGGCAACACCUGCCAUUCCCCUCAGUGUUUGUCCACCACCACCAGAGGAUGCGCAACUGCGCCGAAGCUACCGUGAGCGGCAGCCUUCGGCUGCGCUGAGAUCCCCAUACGUUCACAGCAACGAGCCGAAACCCGUCGACAACAAGUAUAUUCAGGGAUUUACUCGUAUGGCGGAGCGUCUCCGUGGUGGGAACUACAGGAAGUUGGUGGUGACAGAGAGUGGGCACCCGAUCAAGAGGCAGUUUUGGGUGACUCUCAUGAACAGGACUAAAGAGCUCGAGCCCGAGCAUGUAGAUGCGUACAUGAUGACGCUGAGGCAUAGGCUGGUGAGCGGUACAGACCUGCUUCAGGACAUCGAUGACAGGAGCCAUAUCAUAUUGGAUGCGGAAUUCUUCACUUAUUUGGAUAGAGAAUACAAUGAGCUUAUGGCGAAUGCGCGCCGUAUGUUUAGCUCUCCUUCAGAGCAGCGUUUUAUAAACUCUGAGGCAAUUGUGAUGGGGUGGCAGCCGCACGCCAACCGUAUGUAUUCAGUGUAUGGCAGGGGUACCUCAUCGAGUCAGGGAGAUUGGAUGGAUGCCAUUGCGGUCAUUGUUCCUGUGUUUGUCCUUCAGCGUUUCGUUAUCUGUAGCAUUGAUAUGCUCACGGGUAAAUGCCGCGUCUUUGAUCCGAACUUGUAUCGGAUCCUGGCACAGGAACGCCACGACAUGCUGCGCGCUCUUGCUCCUUUGGGCCUCCUUUUCUACCGGGUGCUUGAGGUGUCCCUUUGGUUCGAGCGGACACGCAUUGUGGAGAACCCGAGACAGAAUCUCGAAUGGCGUCAGCUCCAGAUCGAGUAUGCCGAUCCUGCCGAGCAGUUCUCACAGGCUGACCGAUGGAGCUCUGGUGUUUUCGCGUGCAUGGCUGUAGAGCGUUUGAUCGCAGACUCGCCGAGCCUGUCAUGGGGCAAUGACCAUGUUCAGGAGUAUAGGCACAAGAUAGGCAGUGCCAUCUUUGAGUUCUGCACGACCCCCAAUACACUUUGAUAGUGUAUUUUCAUCCUUAUGACUAUUUUGUUUAACAACAUUUUUAUAUUACAUUCUAGUAUCAUUUUAUC